AUGGUGGGGAGGAAGCAUGAGGUGCAUGUGUACAAUGUGACUGGAAGUGUGGGUGACCCACCAAUGUUUCUCCACGGGGGGAUUUGGAAGAGUCAACUCUUUGUUAUGCAGGACUGCCCCCCACACUGCACGAUUGUCCUAACCUGGCUUCUUCCACCUCUAAGUAGCACCUCCAGUGGAAGUGAGAACCCCAAACUUCCUGGCCUGGUUUCAGACAUUCCCCAGGCAAAGACAAGAAACCUGCACAGGGUUAUUUUAGCUGAUGCAGCUGGUAUAGAAGGAUUGGAUCUCUUUAAAGAUGAAUCACAAAGCACGUGGAUGAUAGUUAAGUCUAUGGAAAUGCAGGACCUCGCAAGUCCUCAUCCUCUUGUUGGAAGUGGUGAUACUCCUGGUAGCUCCAAACUGGAGAAGGCUAAUCUCAGCAGCACAUCUGUCACCACAAAUGGAACAGGAGGGGACAACAUGACUGUUUUAAACACUGCAGACUGGUUGCUGAGUUGCAACACCCCCUCUUCUGCAACAAUGUCUCUCCUUGCAGUCAAAACAGAGCCUUUGAACAGCAGUGAAGCGGCAACCACCACUGGAGAUGGAGCCCUUGACACUUUUACUGGGUCAGUAAUAACAAGUAGUGGCUACAGCCCCAGAUCAGCGCAUCAAUAUUCCCCACAGCUAUAUCCUUCCAAGCCCUAUCCACACAUUCUUUCUACACCAGCAGCUCAAACAAUGUCUGCCUACGCAGGCCAGACUCAGUAUUCGGGAAUGCAGCAGCCGGCCGUCUACACAGCCUACUCACAGACAGGACAGCCCUACAGCCUGCCCACUUACGAUCUGGGCGUGAUGUUGCCGGGCAUCAAGACGGAGAGUGGACUUUCACAGACACAGUCCCCGUUACAGAGUGGGUGCCUCAGUUACAGCCCGGGGUUUUCCACCCCACAGCCAGGCCAGACGCCUUAUUCUUACCAGAUGCCAGGUUCUAGUUUUGCGCCAUCAUCUACUAUUUAUGCAAAUAAUUCAGUCUCCAAUUCAACGAAUUUUAGCGGUUCACAACAGGAUUACCCAUCCUACACAGCCUUUGGCCAAAACCAGUAUGCCCAGUAUUACUCAGCAUCCACGUAUGGAGCAUAUAUGACAUCAAAUAACACAGCUGAUGGCACAUCAUCCUCGACCUCAACCUAUCAGUUGCAGGAAUCUCUCCCGGGACUGACUAGCCAACCAGGAGAGUUUGAUACCGUGCAGAGCCCCUCCACACCUAUCAAAGAUCUUGAUGAGAGAACAUGCAGGAGUUCUGGGUCAAAAUCCCGAGGAAGAGGCCGGAAAAAUAAUCCCUCCCCGCCUCCUGACAGUGACCUGGAGCGUGUGUUUGUCUGGGACUUGGAUGAAACCAUCAUUGUUUUCCAUUCACUGCUCACAGGGUCUUAUGCCCAGAAGUAUGGCAAGGAUCCCCCCAUGGCUGUAACCCUGGGACUCCGAAUGGAGGAAAUGAUUUUUAAUCUUGCUGAUACACAUUUAUUUUUUAAUGAUUUAGAGGAGUGUGAUCAAGUUCAUAUAGAUGAUGUUUCCUCUGAUGAUAAUGGGCAGGACUUAAGUACCUACAGUUUUGCAACUGAUGGCUUCCAUGCAGCUGCAAGUAGUGCAAACCUUUGUUUGCCAACAGGUGUAAGAGGAGGGGUUGACUGGAUGAGGAAGUUGGCUUUUCGUUACAGAAGAGUAAAAGAAUUAUACAACACCUACAAGAACAAUGUUGGAGGACUCCUUGGCCCUGCCAAGAGAGAUGCAUGGCUCCAGUUAAGGGCAGAGAUCGAAGGUCUGACAGACUCCUGGCUAACAAAUGCACUUAAAUCUUUAUCAAUUAUUAGUACUAGGAGUAACUGCGUAAAUGUCUUGGUAACGACAACCCAACUGAUCCCAGCACUCGCGAAGGUUCUACUCUAUAGUUUAGGAGGUGCUUUCCCCAUUGAGAAUAUUUACAGUGCAACUAAAAUAGGAAAAGAAAGUUGCUUUGAACGAAUAAUGCAAAGGUUUGGCAGAAAAGUAGUAUAUGUUGUAAUUGGGGAUGGUGUAGAAGAAGAACAGGCAGCAAAAAAGCACAACAUGCCCUUUUGGAGGAUAUCAAGUCACUCAGACCUCUUGGCUCUGCAUCAAGCACUGGAAUUAGAGUAUUUGUAA